AUGGACGGGGAUGCGGCGGUGGCGGAGGGAGGGAUGCAGGGAAGGGGCGGCCCGCGGGGCCGAGGAGGCAGGCCUGCGGCGCGGGUCGCGGUCGCCCGGCCGGCCAAUGGCCUGCUGUGCCUGCUGCUGGCGGCGGCGGUCCCCACGGCCCCCGCGCCGGCUCCCACGGCGACCGCGGCCCCCGUCGAGCCCGGCCCGGCCCUCAGCUACCCGCAGGAGGAGGCCACCCUCAACGAGAUGUUCCGCGAGGUUGAGGAGCUGAUGGAGGACACGCAGCACAAACUGCGCAGCGCCGUGGAGGAGAUGGAAGCAGAAGAAGCUGCUGCUAAAACAUCAUCAGAAGUGAACGUGGCAAAAUUACCUUCCAUUUACCACAAUGAGACGAACACAGAAACCAAGGUUGGAAAUAAUACCAUCCACAUGCACCGAGAAAUUCACAAGGUCACCAACAACCGGACCGGCCAGACGGUCUUUUCGGAGACGGUCAUCACUUCGGUGGGAAAUGAAGAAGGCAAAAGGAGCCACGAGUGCAUCAUUGACGAGGACUGCGGGCCUGCCAGGUAUUGCCAGUUUGCCAGCUUCGAGUACACCUGCCAGCCUUGCCGGGACCAGCAGACACUCUGCACUCGGGACAGUGAGUGCUGUGGAGACCAGCUGUGUGUCUGGGGCCACUGCACCAAAGCAGCCACUAAAGGAGGCAACGGGACCAUCUGUGACAACCAGAAGGACUGCCAGCCUGGGCUAUGCUGCGCCUUCCAGAGAGGUCUGUUGUUCCCUGUGUGCACACCCCUGCCGGUGGAGGGGGAGCUGUGCCAUGACCCUGCCAGCCGGCUUCUGGACCUCAUCACCUGGGAGUUAGAGCCUGAUGGAGCUUUGGACCGAUGCCCGUGUGCCAGUGGCCUCCUCUGCCAGCCCCACAGCCACAGCCUGGUGUACGUGUGCAAGCCAGCCUUCAUCGGGAGCCGCGGUGAAGACGGAGAGGGCCUGGUGCCCAGGGAGGCCCCCAGCGAGUACGAAGGCGGCAGCUUCAUCGAGGAGGUGCGCCAGGAGCUGGAGAACCUGGAGAGGAGCCUGUCUGUGGAAAUGGGGCUCGGGGAGCCCGAUGCUGUCUCCGAGCUGCUGGAGGGAGAAGAGAUUUAGACAUGCAAUAGAAGUAGCUAAUUUAUUUCCUUCCCCAGCUGUGUCCUCUAGGUGUGGGCUUUCCCUGGCUUUUUUCCACGGCCUCUUCCCAGUACGGGUUCCCUCUGGCUUGAACUGAUGAGGUGUUGUGCAUUUGCCCAGAGCCCUCCAGACUGUGCACCACACCUCACGGCUCCAGUGACUGGGGAAGGUGGGGGGGGGGGGGGAGGGCCGCUAAACUGGUCCAGCUGCUUUGCCUCUGCGGUAUGGCACCUGGCACAUUUCACGUUGUUCUACAUGCCCUGGAGAAUUGUGGGAGGGAAGGGGAUGGAAAAGGACGAUCUCCCCAUGACAGGUUUGGGGGAAAUGUCGACUCCCAGACGCGUGGAGAAGAACGCCCUGCUUUGCAAACGUAAACCUGGUGAAAAUGUAACAAGUGACUUUUCCGUGUACUUCUUCCCACGGGCACAGGCAAGCUGUGCCUUCAGCUGCUGCGGGUGAUGUGCUCUGUGCUCUCCGUGCUCCGUGCGCCCCUGUUCUUUCAUCAGUGUUACUCGGCUCCUACCUCUGUGCCGGGGGAGCAGUUUCAUAUCACUUGCCAGUCGAGGUGGUGUCCGCAUCUGGAGACAUCAGGCUGCUUGGCCAAGUCACACAGCUAGUGAGGAUCAGAGCAAGAUGCACCCAGGUGUUAUUCUGAGGCCAGGGCUCUCCCCACCAGCCUCAGGGCCACUGAAAAUACUCCAUAAAAGGAGGGAGGAUGGGAUUUUUCUGAGACCUAUGUGGAAGUGAGGCCAAACUAGAUCACUCUAAGAUUAAACUUCUGCUGGUAGAAAUAGCGUUCUCCCCAGUGUGGGGUGGCCAUCAUUCUAGUGGAGACCAGUGCUAUUGGCGCUGUCCCCCAUGACACUUACGUCAGUGACUUUGAAGGUGCUGUGGUUGGUGCACAAUAUAUACAUUAACUUGUCAGGAACAGUGAUUGUAGGGCCAGGAUUAUAAAUGAAAUUUGCAGAAUCACUUACCAGCAACUGAAGACCAUCGUCAACCACGGGGAGAAAAUCAAGCCAAGCAAGGCUCUAUGAAAUAUGGUUGUAAUAUCCACACUGAGAGCACUGGACUGGAUGCUGUUCCGCAAAUGGUAUUUUCAGGUGCCAUGGACUGUAUCCAUCCAGAGUUAUUAAAUUUUAAAAUUGCACAUGAUUGUAUAAGCAUGCUUUGAGUUUUAAAUUAUGUAUAAACACCAAUGUUGCAUUUAAAAAUCAAGCAUAAAUCACUUAAACGACUC